GGCCGGCAGCAGUGUCCUACCGUGCCAGAAGCUGUUCCAGCCUGCGAGCACGGGACGGUGUCCUACCGUGCCAGCAGCUGUUGUUCCAGUCAGCGGCCUUGCAAGUGCUGUCGUCUACUGCGCCCAGAGGCGGCAGAGAAAACCAGGACGGACUGGGCAGGUGAUCGCGCGCGGGAGCGAUCGAUCUUGCGCGCAUGGCUAUCCCUGCGCGGGACGAGUGUCAAAGUUCGCGGUCGACUGCUGAGGUAGAUCGCAAAAUCAGGGCUGGACAGUAGCGACUGGUAGAUAGGUUGCUUCUUCCUGACUGCCUUCAAUCGAGUGGACAGUUUUAAAGCCGUCUGGACGGCCUCUAGACAGCCUCUAGACGGCUUUAAACUGGUCUGGACGGCUUUAAACCGGCUGGCCCGUUUUAAAACCGUCUGGACGGCUUUAAAACGGGCCUCUGGUUUUUAAUCGGUCCCCAACAUAUAUAAUAGAUACAAACGUACUUACCGCAGUGUGUAACGGAUGCCUUCCUCGCUUAGCUUUUCCUGCACCACC